GAUGAAGCCUGGGAAAUCGUCACAUCCAAAGGUUUUACUUGGAGUAAAAGAUCACUGAGUUCUACAAUGGAAAAGUCAUGGAUGCUCUGGACCUUUGUUAAAAGAUGGCUACUAGCUUUGGCUUCCUGGUCUUGGAGUCUCUGCCGCAUUUGUCUUUUACCCUUGAUAGUAACUUUUCACUUGUACGGAGGCAUUAUACUACUUAUAUUAAUAUUUGUAUCAAUAGCGGGUAUAUUAUAUAAAUUCCAGGACGUGCUGCUUUACUUUCCUGAACAGCCCUCUUCGUCACGCCUUUACGUUCCUAUGCCCACUGGUAUACCGCACGAAAAUAUCUUCAUCAAAACCAAAGAUGGAGUGCUUCUCAAUCUCAUUCUGCUGAGGUACACGGGGGACAACGCAGCCUAUUCUCCAACCAUCAUUUACUUUCACGGGAACGCAGGCAACAUUGGCCACAGGUUGCCAAAUGCUUUGUUAAUGCUGGUAAACCUGAAAGUAAACUUGAUUCUGGUCGAUUAUAGAGGGUAUGGAAAAAGUGAAGGAGAAGCAAGUGAAGAAGGUUUGUACUUAGAUUCUGAGGCUGUGUUAGACUAUGUGAUGACGCGGUCCGAUCUUGAUAAAACAAAAAUUUUUCUUUUUGGCCGUUCCUUGGGGGGAGCAGUAGCUAUUCACUUAGCUUCUGAAAAUUCCCAUAGGAUUUCUGCCAUCGUGGUGGAGAACACCUUUCUUAGCAUCCCAUACAUGGCCAGCACUUUGUUUUCUUUCUUUCCAAUGAGGUAUCUUCCUUUAUGGUGCUACAAAAAUAAAUUUCUGUCCUACAGAAAAAUCUCUCAGUGCAGAAUGCCUUCUCUCUUCAUCUCUGGGUUGUCUGACCAGUUAAUUCCACCAGUUAUGAUGAAGCAACUUUAUGAAUUAUCCCCAGCUCGGACUAAGAGAUUGGCGAUUUUUCCCGAUGGAACUCAUAAUGACACUUGGCAGUGCCAGGGUUAUUUCACUGCACUUGAACAGUUCAUCAAAGAAGUAAUAAAGAGUCACUCCCCUGAAGAAAUGGCGAAAACGUCAUCUAACGUAACAAUAAUAUAAUUGAUACUCUCCUUCGGGGUGGGGGGAAUACCUGCACUGUCGAUUCGUGAAAAGUGGUGAAAGAAUGUCCAUUUUUAAGUGUAUGUCAUGUCUGUAUUUGCCUAAAGAGUGAAAUUAAACUUGGAAAGGUCUGAUGCUUUAUUAAGAUGUUCCAGAUAACUUUUACAUUUGCAGCAUUGUAAAUGAACCAUUUUGUCUUUUUCUCAUACUUUUUUGGUAUCUCUGUCCAUAUAUUCCAUUUGUUUGAUAUGUACGAUGGAUGCU